UGACGCUGGGUCCCCAUGGAGACAGAACGAGGGAGAAAUGUCAUUGUUUGUCGGUUUUUGAAAUCACAUGGACGGAGUUGUGAUCGCUGCCUGCCUGCAAUGAAAUAGCUUGAAAUAGUACUUGCAUAAGUAUCCAACAACUGGUGGCGACCAAACAGCGUAGGAAACAACCGGUAACACUGGGAAGGACGAAUUUCAUGUGUCCAGUGUUCUCACAAACCAGUGUGUUGCGUGGGCGGAAGCUAACGAGGCUGCCACAGUUGGAAAACCUCUCUGACUUCCUCAGAUCAUCCAUCUUCGUGGGUGUUAUGGGUGAAGUAUGCAAAGGUUAGUUCUUACCGUGUCUGGUGUUACCACAGUAGGCCAAGGGGACUUCAACAUUCAUCAGAAAAAAAGUGCACUAAACAAAGGGAACUGGACCCUUAACUGAGAGACUUGGCAGGAAGUCACGUGGACCUGGUCUUCCCAACCUCUUCCGUCUUGACCGUGAAUCCCUCCAACGUUCUGCCUCUCCCGUGUCUCUGCAGCUCUGCGUUCCGGCCGGCCGGUCGUUGAUGGAGUUCUUUCAGGGAAGCGGUGACUACUGCCACGCCCAACAUCCCAGCGCUUGAGCCCAGGCCCCCCCAGGGGGGGAAGGAUGCCCCGUCCCUCAGCCCUGCUGCCCUGCUCCAUCUCCCACCGCUGAAUGCCCACAGCCAGGUUGGCAGACCCGACCCUCGCUGGCUGACUUCCGCUCCCAAAGACCGACCGACGGCAGGCCUGCUAACUCACCAGAUGGGGUAGCGUGAGCCUGUGGCCACGGGCAGCGUACGCUAACGCAUAGCUACCUCUCCAACCACCCGCCAACGCCCCCCCCCGCCCCCAAGCCUUACUCUUUGUGUGUCUGCCAGUCCGAGGCACCCUGGGGAGGAGAGAUUUGAGAGGACCUUGUUGAGUCCCCUGGAGACUUGGUGUGCCUCCGUGUCAGCCAGAUCGGCAGGGUUCGUCCGUGGCCUUUGUGGGCCUCAAGACAGUGUCAAGACAGUGUGCUGUGGUUGCUGCUGGGCUCCUGGGUGUGGGUCUCCUCUGCCGGGUUGGGUGUGGGUCCCAGGGUCUCCUCUGCCGGGUUGAGUGUGGGCCCCUGGGUCUGGGUCAGCGUUGCAGCCUCUUUCCCUGAGAGUGGGCUCCUCUGCGCGGUCAGGAUGAAUCGGCCAGCGCCACCCGUCGAGGUCUCCUACAAGAACAUGAGGUUCCUCAUCACACACAACCCCACCAACGCCACCCUCAGCACUUUCAUUGAGGAUCUGAAGACGUAUGGUGCCACCACCGUGGUCCGUGUGUGUGAGGUCACUUACGACAAGACGCCGCUGGAGAAGGAUGGCAUCACAGUCCUGGACUGGGCCUUCGAUGACGGCGCCCCCCCUCCCACUAAGAUUGUGGAUGAUUGGCUGAACCUGCUGAAGGCCCGGUUCGUCGAGGACCCGGGAUGCUGCGUGGCGGUCCACUGUGUAGCCGGGCUGGGACGGGCUCCGGUGCUGGUGGCUCUGGCUCUGAUCGAGAGCGGGAUGAAGUACGAGGAGGCGGUCCAGUUUAUCAGGCAGAAGCGCAGGGGAGCCAUCAACAGCAAGCAGCUCACAUACCUGGAGAAGUACCGUUCGAAACAGAGACUGCGCUUCAAAGACCCUCACAAUCACAAGAACAAGUGCUGCGCUAUGUGAAGAGGACUCCCGGCCCGACCCGCGUGCCUGCUGUCACUGGCACAACGAUUACACUGACCUUUGACCUCCGAUGAAUCUGCCCCGGUACAUUUAGGACUUCUAAACGAGGAAGAGGAAGGGCACCAGAGGGCCCUGGUCAGUGAGCAGUCCCCUGGGGAAGGAGGCGUGUACCAUUUCAGAUGAAGGAGAUCUGUCACCUCUCUUGGGUUUCUCCUCCUCUGCCUCUCCCUUCUCUUCUCCUCAGUCUGUUAGGAUUCUCUGCUUCCUCUCCUCUUCCUCUCUACUUCCUCUCCUGUUCCCCUCCUCCUCUUCCUCUCUACUUGCGCUCCUGUUCUCCUCUUCCUCUCUACUUGCUCUCCUGUUCCCCUCCUCCUCUUCCUCUUCCAGUCCUUUUCCCAAUCAGGGCUGUAAGACAGAAACAUCCCUGUUUGACAGGUCUCUGAAUGAAGCCUGACGGCAGCCAACCAAACUCACAGGGGGAAAGGAAUCAACGGCCAACUUGGGUAGCCGUCAUGUACGCACUGCUCAAAUGCUGGCGCACACAAACACAGCUCCCUUGCACUGAGUGUGACACAUUGACAUUGACACACACACACACACACACAGCCAUUGACCACCAGCACAUCAACCAUCAGCAACACAUUCAGCUUGGUUUCACACGUUCACUUCUCUUUCCCGCCAGCUGCUUGGUAGCGCCGCUCCGAUCACACACCACCAUGCCUGGGAUCUCAAACCCCCCCUGCCAGUAACAGUAACACCAAUGAAAUAAUAACGUUGAGGGGGAAGAAAACCAAAAUGUUUUGCUGUCUGCGUGUUUUUAUCCGUGUUUCAAUACUAUUAUGUACAGUUUGACUUGACAUGUUUAACUUUAAUGCCAUCCUCAGAGCACAGCUGUCUCGCUCCUCUCUCUGUCUUUUUUUUAUGUAUUUUUGUAUGUUUUUCUUAAUGCAUGUCAGGUAACACUUGAUAGAAUCAUGUCGCUCUACGAACCCUCCCCAUGUUUUGGGGGGGGGACAUGGGGAGAUUUAAUAUAGGACCGGGUUUUGUGCUGGGUCACUGGUUUUUAAAAUGGCAGUCAUUUUUUUACAUUGUGAAAUUAAAUACUCUGGGAUUAGGAUAAUUCACCACUAGCUGCUUCUGUUGUGCAAAAUAGGGGAACUUGGUCCAUUGAGUGUGACGGUGAGCUGGGCCCCUGGUGGACAUGGUUGGAAACCCUGUGGUCGUGUCCCAAAUGGCACCAUGUUCCCUGUAUUGUGCAGAGUCAAUCUAAUAUAGACCCUCUGACAGACUUGCUGUGAAUGUGGCCCACGUGGGAAUCUAUAGCCAGCGGCAUCGAUCCUGCCGAUCUGUACUUACAUUCUUAUCUUAAAAAUAAAUGCAACCACAUGUAGCCAAACGCCUAAUUCCGACCAGAAGUCCAACCAAAAAAAGCUCACUUUUGUUUACGAUGUUGAGCCUUUUUGGCUGAGGGAUCUGUCGUGGCUAUGGAACCCAGUGGAAACCUAGUGAUUCUACGGGGUGCUGUUUGGGGCUCGGGAUCUAAUUUGGGGAAUUGAACGUGCCCCAUGUCCCUGUCAGUGGAUAUAGAAGUCACUCAGCUUGUGUUUCAAGUGGCAACCUGUUAUCAUUGGAGUGCACUAUUGUAGAGCACAAUGGUUCCCGUGAACGCUAUCUGGUAAGAAGUGGUGCGUUGCAAAGGGAAGACAAAUUCUGUUUUGGAUUGGUACUGAUGGAAAGACGCGUAUCCUGCGAAAAAAAAGCUGUCACGUCUCCGCUGCCUUGGAAGUAACCCACUUCAGAAAUUACCGGCUAAUGAAGUACAUGUAAUAAAGUAUUUGUUAAAGUG